AUGUCCCCCGCCCCCGCCCUCCCCGAGUCCAAGGACCUGUCGUACCACCUCACCAAGCGUGUGCAGGCGCAGACGCCCUCCGUCAUGAAGGCGUACGGCAAGCUUCUGCAGGCCCGCAAGACGCCGCCUACGUCGCUCGCUGGCGGUCUCCCCCACCACACGCUUUUCCCCCUCCAGAAGGCCGAGUUCCGCAUCCCCUCGUUCCAGUCGCUCGACGGUGACGUCGGCUCGUGGAUCGACGGCACGGCCGAGACGGAGAACAUCCACCUCAAGAAGACUGGCCCUGGCACCGAGAACGACGAGGACGGCAUCCUCGACUUCAACCUCAUCCUCCAGUACGGCCUGACGAACGGCUACCCCGAGCUGCACGAGAAGCUCGCCGAGUACAACCACCUCGUGCACGGCCAGCCGACGUCCGACCAGAGCGUGUACCUCACCCUCGGCAACACGGACGGCGUGUCCAAGGUGUUCCAGCUCUUCAUCGAGCCCGGAGACAACGUCCUCGCAGAGGAGUACUCGUUCGCGUCGUCGCUCAACUCUGGCCGCGCGCGCGGUGCCGUCUGGUGGCCCGUCAAGAUUGACGGCCAGGGUCUCAUCCCCGAGGACCUCGACCGCGUCCUCACCGAGUGGGACGAGGACAAGCAGGGCAAGAAGCCCCACCUCCUCUACACUAUCCCCGCUGGCCAGAACCCCACCGGCACCGUGCAGCCCGCCGAGCGCUACGACGCCAUCUACGCCCUGGCGCAGAAGCACGACCUCAUCAUCGCCGAGGACGACCCAUACUUCCCCCUCCAGUACACCGCCUACGAGCCCGACCAGGAGAAGCGCGCCGCCCACCUCGCUGCCGCGCGGGCCAGCCUCCCCCCGCUCCCCGAGAAGCCCAACGACGAGGACGCGCGCGCCGUCGCCAAGGUCUUCAACGAGUACGCCAACAUCCGCUCGUACGCCUCGCGCGAUGUCGACGGCCGUGUCCUCCGCAUCGACACCUUCUCCAAGGUCUUCGGCCCCGGUAUCAGAACCGGCUGGAUCACUGCCUCGGCUGGUUUCCAGGACCGCCUCCAGCGUGUCGGUGAGACGUCGACCCAGGUGCCCAACAACGUCGGCCAGGCGCUCCUUGCGUCGUACCUGUCUGACAAGCACUGGGGUGUCGGCGGCUGGCUGCGCUGGGUGUUUGGUGUCCGUCUCGAGUACCAGCGCAAGCGCGACUACUUCCUCGACAAGCUCGCCGAGUACGCCCCCAAGGACCUCGUGUCGACCGUCCCCGCCCUCGGCGGCAUGUUCCAGUGGCUCGAGGUCGCCAUCGAGAAGCACCCCCGCUUUGAGCGCACCGUCGUCGACGGCGUCGAGAAGACCAACACCCAGGAGCUCACCGACGAGCUCUGGAACUUCAUCCUCGAGCAGGGCAACGUCCUCGUCAUGCCCGCAAGGCUCUUCCAGGUCGUCGCUCCCAACGGCGACGAGUCGGCCCGCUCCAACAAGUUCCGUGCCACCUUUGCCGGCGACCUCCCUACCAUUGACAAGGCCCUCAAGGGCUUUGGCGAGUCGGUCGAGCUCUUCUUCAAGAAGUAA